AGAAUAGCGCUGCGGACUCGUGAGCUGGGGCUGGGUGGAUCAAUCAACAGCGUUGCCGCUUUUACAUUGCACAUACCUGCUUUCCUUGAUGAAUCACGCAACUGCUAGCGCCACAUAUCGGAAAGAAAACAAUUUUCGAACUUGAAACCAGUCUUCGUCACACAAAACCAGCCAAGUUGACGACAGGCUUAUUUUAUUUCACUGAAAUAUACCGCAAAAAUUGAAUUUGUUUCCUCAAUGGCCUAUCAACCAAAGUACUCGUCGUUUGACAAGGACGUCGAUGAUGACGCUUUUUUGCGGCACUCGAAGAGUGGCUCAUCGGGCUACAUGUUCCAGUCGGAUGACUUGUCCAGAGAGCAGCAGGAAUUGGAGGAAAAGCGGAUGCAGCUGCUCGAAAAACGCAGGCAGAUCGAGGAACGGACCAUUGAGUCCUCCAACAGGUCCAUCGGACUUUUGAGGGAUUCUGAACAAAUAGGCGUUGCGACUGCCGAGGAAUUAGUGCGGCAGCGAGAGCAGCUGGAAAGAACCGAGUCAAGAUUGGACGAGAUAAACAAUACUUUACGCUUCAGUCAGAAACAUAUCAGUAGCAUCAAGAGCGUUUUUGGCAGUCUUAAAAAUUACAUUAGUGGUCGAGCCAACAGCGCAAAUGCUAAUCCAUCCACUUCGAGCCAAAGACCAACAGAGGUCUCUCAGGAAACCUCGGCCCUGGCCAGUCGCCUGCAAGAAAUGAAGCCUGAAAGUCCAAAUGAUGAUCAUCCUGCUCUUCGAAUCCGAGGGUUAGCAGAGGAUAGACCGUAUGCUGGCUCUGCUGCUUAUCAAGAUGCCAACAGGGUCCUUGACAACAAUUUAGAUGAGAUGUGCAGCUCUCUAUCUCGUCUUAAAGGACUUGCUCACGGUCUGAAUGAUGAGAUUCUCAGUCAAAAUGAGAUGGUUGAUCGAAUCACUACAAAAACAGAGAAGGCUGACACUACUAUUGAUCAUCAAAACCGUGAUAUGCGCCGCUUGCUGAAGAAAUGAAUGAUGUUAUUUUACUUCAUUUGCCGUAAAUUCCAUUCCGAAAUAGAUUAGUCGGCAAGUUUAUUAUAAUUUCUGCUAUAAUCUGCCUUAUUUAAUACUGAUGUAUUACAAUUACGCCCACUCUUGUGUGAAGUUAAUGCUUAAUUUUUUGCUUAAUUUGCAGCCCUAAAAGUCGUGCAGUGCUAUGAAAUGCCAAGAGCAGUUAUAUUAAUUUCAGAUUUUAUUAAAAUUUAUGCAAAAGUUAUAUAAGAAUUUUGAAAAUAUGGGAUAUUUUAAUACAUCACGUUUCAAUCUUUCACAGCUUGAUGCUCUGUUUGUUUAAAUGCAAUACUCUGUUAUUUUAUUAUGCUGCUAUAGCAAUAUUAUAUGUAUGAUUAGUGAUUAUUUUUGUGAUCUUUCAAGAAACGUGCUAAUUGUAAUUGUAUCAUGACAAAAUAUAAUGUGUCACCUCAAAACCAUGUCAUCUCGUUGGAGUCGUCUUAUUUGGGACCAUUGUGAUUAUUUUUGUCAAAAGGUAAAACAGAAAUAAAAAUCUCAUUUAAUUUAUAUUUCAAAAUUA